AUGGCGUAUAUAGUAGAUUUACGUUCAGAUACCGUCACUAAGCCGACAAAGGCUAUGAAGCAUGCUAUGGUGAAUUCAGCUCUUGGAGACGAUGUUUUUGGCGAGGAUCCUACUGUGAACGCAUUGGAGAGCAAAGUAGCCACCCUGCUGGGGAAGCAGGCAGCUCUGUUUGUACCGAGUGGGACUAUGGCCAAUCUCAUAGCGAGUGGUGCAGCUCAUGUUGCUGGUGUAUUGUUGAGUACAAUACAGAACAAACCAGAUGGAACCUUUGACCUGGAAGAACUGGAGAAACGAUUCCAGGGAUCAGACAUACACUCAGCCAUCACAUCUAUGGUCGCCAUAGAAAAUACACAUAAUGUUUGUGGUGGAAAGGUGGUGCCGCUCGAAUGGAUGCAGCAGCUGUCAGCUGUAUGUCUCCGUCACGGUGUUCUGCUGCACCUGGACGGCGCUCGUCUCAUGAACGCGGCAACUUAUCUCCAGGUGCCGCCCGCGAGCAUCGCCGCGUGCUGCGACAGUGUGGCCCUCUGUUUCAGUAAGGGACUAUCAGCGCCGGUCGGCUCGGCCCUGGCUGGGUCUUAUAGCUUUAUACAGCAAGCUCGUCGUAUGCGUAAGAUGCUAGGCGGCGGUAUGCGUCAGGCGGGCGUGUUAGCCGCGGCCGCUAUAGUGUCUUUAGAUCAAGUGGUACCUCUACUGGCCUUGGACCACAAGCGAGCUGCCAUUUUGGCUAAAGUUAUUGAAGGCCUCUUCCUGCCUUGUUUCUCUGUGGACGUGGAGGGUCAACACACCAACAUAGUGCUGGUCCGAAUCUCCCGGGAGACUAGUCUGACGGCUGACCAGGUGCUGCAGAGACUCGCUCAAGUCUGUCUCGCUGAGACACAGGGUGACUGCAAAACGCCGGACGACGAAGGUGUUAUAGUAAAGGCGAUCUGUUUCAACGAGAAGACGAUCAGAAUGACGUUACACUGUCAAGUGGACGACGAACAACUGUGGCUGGCCAUCAUGAAGAUAACUUAUGUGUUCAAGGAACUUAACGCUGCCUACCCAGUUAAAACAACAAAUUAA